UACAGUUGUUGUCUAAUAUCUGCAGUCAGUGUCCAAAAUGAAGACUGUUGUGUUACUUCUAGUUAUUGCGCAUUACACAUCUGGGGUACCACUCAAUAGUAAGCCUCAGAACGUGAAUAAACACGAUGUUAACGGUGCCAGGAGCUCGGAGAAUCUCUAUUUUCUAUUCACAAGACUAAACCCCACAACAGGCCAAUUGCUAAGUCUGGACAAGGAUUUCAUCCUGGCGUCCAACUUCAACGCCAGUUGGCCAACAGUGGUUGUCUGCCACGGAUACACCCAGAGCUUAAGCAGUGAGAUCAACCAGCUCAUCCGAGACGCGCUUACAUUAAAAUAUUUCACCAUUUCAGCUUAUCUCGAAACCAGGGAUUUUAACGUCAUAAUCUUGGAUUGGAGCCACUCAGCCCAAGCCCUCUACGGAACCGCGAUUGCCGCCGUCACGUCAGUAGGCCAAGACCUUGGCUCCCUGCUUCUGUUUAUCCACCAUAUCACCGGCACUCCUCUUGAAACCAUGCACUUGGUUGGGUUUAGCCUUGGAGCUCACGUUGCUGGGAAUGCUGGACGAUAUACGGGGGGCAGGGUUGGAAGGAUUACAGGAUUAGAUCCCGUCAGCCCAAUCUGGCUCAUAAACAGCAACCGCAUUGCCUCCACCGACGGUAUCUACGUCGAAUGCAUCCACACAUACGGCAACAACGGGGGGAUCGCCUGGGGAGACGUCGACUUCUACGUCAACGGUGGGGGCUCCCAGCCAGGCUGCGUGCUUUCAACCUGCAGUCACAACCGAUCUUAUCAGAUAUUUGCCGCCACUGUCAAGUAUGACCACUUGGUCGGAAGACAGUGUGAUAGCCAAGAUGAAAUUGUGGCGGCAUUUUGCUCCGGUCCUGAAUUACAUUUGGGCAAUAGUGACGUGUAUAAGACUGGAUCUGGAUUAUAUUACGUCAGCGCUGGGCAGAGUUAUCCAUAUUGAUAAGAAGCAAAACAAAACUUCAUGAAAUUCGAAAUUUCGAACAUACAUAAUUAUAAGUUGUUAGAGUCCGUCUAAGUUAACUGUGCACUGAUUUUAAUAUAACAAAGGGACGGAGUGUCGUUAUAAACGUCAUAUCUUCAUAGAAAUUUGACAGUAAUGAUAACAAUGUCACACUUUGUCAUUACAAAUGCCACGCAGAGUUAGCUUGGUUAGACACAUGAGCAUUAAAUAUAAGUGUUGCGUUUAUCCCAAAAUAAAGAGGUAACUGUGAAUAAAUAGUAUAACGCCUUU